UUUUCCCGAAGUCUCUCAUCAACGGAAGAUCAAUCAUUCAGACAGAAAACGCUGGAUUCUGUUUGUGUCUGGUGUCUACCUGAAUCCAUCGGACUCCGAUGGAAGAAUAACAGGGAAUACACAUCAAGAAAAAUUGACUUCUGGUGUAUUUAGUUAUCAACACUUCUGGUAAUAUAUUUUUUUGGCAACAGAUUUCCGGUUUACCGAUGGAAAUCAUAUUCUCCUUUAAUAAAUCGAUUCGUACGCACGACAACAUCUUUAGAAGCGCAUGGAGUGUCACCAGGGCAAUUCUAGAGGUCAUGGGGGUGAGCUAGGUGCCCAAUCACAAUGAUGGUCGUGAUCCUCACGUGUACCUGUUUCUUAGCUACUAAAAAGCCAUCUACGUCAUAUUCAGUGACGCCCUCUUUUUUAAGUUACCAAAAGAAUAUAUAGCAGCAAGUUUUUGCCGGCAACAUGUUCCUCUUGGUGUUGAUAGCAAUUUCAGCUUUGAUUCCGGCAAGUGUAGCCGAUUUGUCUGCCGAGUUCGCUCAUGAAGCAGUUUUAGAUACCAUGGAGAAAAUGAAGGUGUUCUGGACAGUAAACUGGGAAGAUAAAACCGUAUCCUUUGCUGUCGAAGCAGAAACCACAGGGUGGGUUGGUUUCGGUAUCUCUUCAGGAAACGGAAAUAUGGCUGGAAGCGACGUAGUUAUCGGAUGGGUAAAGGACGGCAAGGGUUACUUAACAGACCGGUUUGCUGAUACCCAAAGUUUUCCACCGUUGGACAAAGAAAACAAUUACGACUUCACCGGCUCUGAGGAGAGCGGAGGGAAAACUGUGCUCAAAUUUAACAGGAAAUUUGACACCUGUGAUCUUCGGGACAGAAAGAUUGAGGAAGGCACCACCAAGGUUGUGUUUGCAUAUCAUUCAGAGGACCCUACGACUGAGGACGAUAUGAAGAGACACACAUUCCGAGGGUCGAAGAGCAUUCUACUUCUUAACAACAUGGACAAGAAACAAGUGAACGAAACCGGGUGGAAGCAAUUUUACAUCACAAAUAGAAAUAUAACGGUUCCGAAAAAGCGCACAACCUAUUGGUGUUCUCUUAUCCAAAUGCCCGACUUCCAUUCAAAGCAUCAUAUCACAAAGUUUGAACCAUAUGUGACCCCUGGAAACGAAGGCAUCGUGCAUCAUUUACUCGUCUACGAGUGUCAUGGGAAUUUCAGUAAUGCUACUUUAUAUGGUCCUGGUUUUGAUUGUCACGAAACAGCCAAUAUGCCUCUGAGACAUUGUUACGGAUACAGUGUGGUUGGUGCUUGGGCCGUUGGUGGUACGGCAUUUUAUUAUCCACCGAAAGCUGGUUAUCCAGUUGGUACGUCGGACUCUCCAAAAACACUUUUGCUUGAGCUACACUAUGACAAUCCUCAAAGAAUUGAAGGACGGAGAGACAGCUCAGGAGUUCGUUUUUACUACACAUCUCAUCUCCGUGAGUACGAUGCUGGAAUUAUGUCUGUUGGAGAAGGAAUAACUAAACUUGCGAUAAUACCACCAAAACAGGAAUCUUGGUUGGCUGUGGGUUAUUGUCCCAAGGAAUGCUAUCAGGAUUACUUGGAGGCGAGUGAGCUACCUAAAAAAGGAAUAAAAGUUUUCGCCGUCUUACUUCACACCCACCUGCAGGGGCGUGCAACAUGGACAAAGCAUAUUCGCAACGGAGUUGAGUUACCAGAAAUUGCAAGAGAUGACCACUACGAUUUUAACUUUCAGGAUAUACAAGUUUUGAGAAAGGAGGCUCACGUCAAACCGGGGGAUGACUUAAUUCAUUUCUGCAAAUACCAGACGAUGGAUCGUGAUAAACUCGUGCGGGCUGGUAUCUCCACGACCGAAGAAAUGUGUCUGAAUUACAUGUUUUACUACCCUCGAAUGGUGAAUGCUUCAGCAUAUUGCUCCAGCACUCUAGUUAAACCAGUACACGACUUCAUUAAAAAAAACUUCCCUUCUUUAAAUGUGACAGGAUGGUCAAAUCCUCUCAUUGAGGCAGAUAUCUCAUGGACCAAGGAAUUGGCGUCUGACUUGCGGAGGAGAUUAGAUGAAGCAGAGACAUAUCUCUCAUAUUGUAGCGGGAGACCUAACACAUAUCCGAUUCCAAAGAUCACGAAGCCCUUACCUCCUCGACGAUCUAACUGCCCUGAACAAAGCACACUACACCCCCCUACAGUUGGAGGGACCUUCUCGGUGACGGCCUCGUGCUCUACAGCUAUAUUUCUGCUCAUUAGCUGUUUCGUGUUCUUGUGAACAAUCAAAGAUAUCCCAUCAUGAUUACAGGUCAAGACUAUGUCUAUUGUACAUUGUUAGAGUUAACAAACAGCACUAAAAGGAAUAUUCAUUCCAUAUCUUAGCCUAAAGAUGAUCUCUGAGAGGAUUAACAUUGUAGCAGACAAAUAGUUUUAACAUGAAGUUAACGGCCUUACGGCAAACGGGAGAAUAAACUUUGAUUUUCCUCA